AUGGUGUCAUUUACGCUGCCUCGGUUGAGCAGGAAGCAUAAGCGGGGCUUAUCAUCCCCGGAACCCUGCGAGAAGCCGCCCUGCCGACAACAGAAGAUUGCUGUGGAUGUCUCCGACGUCAAAGAACCAGAGAACUAUUAUACGGCCGACAUAGAAACGAUACGGCGUCGGGAGUUCCCGUUGCUUAAAGACAUGACUUAUCUGGACCAUGGCGGUACGACGUUGUAUGCAAAAAGCCUUAUUGAAUCCUUUGCAUACGAGAUGACGUCGGAAGUCUUUGGAAAUCCGCAUUCGGCGUCACCGUCCUCUCAGCUCUGCACGCAGCGGGUGGAUGAUGCUCGCUUACGCCUGUUACAGUUCUUUAACGCGGACCCGGACCAGUUUGAUAUUGUCUUCGUCGCGAAUGCAACUGCGGCGAUCAAGCUCGUGAUAGAAGCCGUGAGAGACUAUGACGAAAGAGGCUUCUGGUAUGGGUAUCACACCAACGCACACACCAGUUUGACUGGGCCCAGAAAUGUUGCUGCUCAGGGUAGUAGAUGUUUUGCAGGUAAUGAUGAGGUGCAGCAGUGGAUAGACGAGCUCGAUGUCUCAGUAGACAGUGAUGGAAAGACCCCGUGUCCGAGGAUAUUUGCCUAUCCCGCACAAUCAAACAUGACUGGAGCCCGCUUGGGUCUUGACUGGUGCAGAUCAAUCCGACAAAAGACCGGUGGACAGGGGAACGUCUUCACCUUGUAUGACGCUGCCGCCUAUGUAUCCACUGCACCUUUGGAUUUGAGCGACUCUGCCUCCGCACCUGAUUUCACCGCCUUGAGCCUCUACAAGGUAUUUGGCUUCCCAGACCUUGGCGUGCUUAUUGUACGUAAGUCGGCUGGACACAUUUUUGAGAAAAGACGGUACUUUGGUGGAGGCACCGUCGGCAUGGUGAUCAGUCUUGGAGACGAAUGGCACGCCAAGAAAGCCAGCACCAUCCAUGACACAGUUGAAGACGGAACCCUGCCAUUCCAUAAUAUUAUCGCGGUCCAUGCUGCACUAGACGUUCACAAGCGCCUCUAUGGAUCCAUGCAGAAUAUCUCUUACCACACUGCAUAUCUUGCCAAAAGCUUGUAUAGUCGCCUAACUUCCAUGAGGCAUUUUAACGGAGCAAAAGUGUGCGAGGUAUACAAGGCCUCACAAUCCACGUAUGGAGACCCAGUGACCCAGGGACCCGUCAUUGCGUUCAACAUGAAGAAUAGCCGUGGCGUGUGGGUCGGAAAGUCGGAGGUUGAGAAGCUCGCCGCCGUCAAGGGAAUCCAUAUCCGCUCUGGAGGCCUCUGCAACCCUGGUGGCAUCGCAUCCUUCCUGCAACUAUCACCAGAUCAUCUCAAGAAAAGCUAUGCUCUGGGCAUGCGUUGUGGCGAUGAGAUGGAUGUCAUCGAUGGAAGACCUACUGGAGUUGUCAGAGUAAGCCUGGGCGCAAUGAGUAGCAUGAGGGAUAUCGAUACCUUUGUCAACUUUGUCUCCGACUUUUACGUUGAGAAGGCUCCUCCUGCUUCUAUGUUCCGCAUACCUGAGGCACUGAAUGACUCACCGUCAGAUUUUUACAUUGAUCGGCUGUGCGUAUACCCGAUCAAGAGUUGUGGUGCGUUUUCUGUGCCUGCAGAUACCCCGUGGGAAAUCCGCCCAGAGGGUUUGGCAUGGGACAGGGAGUGGUGCCUUGUUCAUCAAGGGACGAAUGCUGCUCUGAGCCAGAAGAAAUACCCCAAGAUGGCUUUAAUUCGCCCUGUAGUCGAUCUCAAAAAUGACAUUCUGCGGAUAACCUGUGGAAACGUUGGUUCAGCCGAUCAGAAGUCGUUGGAGCUUCCUCUCUCUCGCCCUACCUCCGGUGUGCGCUCUAUCGAGCUUUCCCAGAGUUCCAAAUCGGCCACUGUCUGUGGCGACACAGUCAUUGUCCACGCAUACACCUCUCCAAAAAUCACUGCGUUCUUCUCCGAUUUUCUUGGGACACCUUGCAUGCUUUCAAGGACCCCCCCGCAAUACUCGGGCCGCCAUUACACGCCACGCUCAUCGAAGAGACGGUCACUUCUCUUACCUGACGCGAUAUCAAAAUUCAAGUUUCCAUCCUUUCAGAACCCUAUCCUCCUUUCAAAUGAGAGCCCCAUGCUGCUCAUAUCUCGUUCUAGUGUCAAUAAGCUCAACGAACAGAUCAAACAUCGAAAGAGCGCUUCCAAAACCGUUCCCUGCGACGUAUUUCGUGCAAACAUUAUCAUUGCCGAAGACUUACCUUUUGGCGAAAAGCCAUCCCGCCCUACGGCAUUAACGGAGCACCCGUACCUUGAAGAUUACUGGUCUGGCUUUCAGGUUGGAACCCAGAGAUUUGAUGUCCUUUCGUCCUGUCAACGGUGCCAGAUGGUUUGUAUCGACCAGAAUACAGGCGCCCGAAGCGAAGAGCCGUAUGCUACCCUGGCCAAGACCAGGAAGGUCGACGGUAAGCCAUACUUUGGGCGACAUGUUUCCUUGAGUCACAUUUCGACGGACGGGCCAUGUCCUACUGUCAAAGUUGGUGAUCGAAUUUUGCCAUUUUAUGGGCGCGUUAGCUCAUCAUUUUGA